AUGCUCAUCUCCGCCGCCUCCAUUCACAGCCGUCUCGUCCAGCUUGCCAUUGCAGUAGCCGUGCUCAUCGGAAUCGCAUGGUUCUUGGUGCCCACUUCAUACCGUCUGCCCAGGCACAUCGGCCGCAACCAUCCAAUCGAUCAGCUCACGCGCGAGGCCGAUGAGGAGUACAAGGCCAUCUUGGCCAAGGAGACGAAGGAUGUGCACAGUGCUGCAGAAGCGUAUCGCAAGCGCCGCGGAAGACAACCACCUCCGCUGUUCCAUGUGUGGUUUGAGUACUCCAAGAACAAUUCAGCCAUCAUAGUGGAGGACUUCUUCGACCGCAUAUACGAUGACUUGAAUGCUUUCUGGGGCGUUCCGGCUAAGCAGAUCCGUGAACAGGCGAACGACUUCAUACAUCGGAUAUCGGUCAGGCAUGGCAACGCGACAGGGAGGACAGAUAUAGAGAGGCGGGAAUGGAUAGAGCUGUGGAGAGACAUGGUGCAGAGUGUAGCACCUUGGCUACCAGAUGUUGAUCUACCAAUCAAUGUCAUGGAUGAAAGCCGGAUAGUGGUGCCGUUUGAGGAGAUUGAUGGUUACAUGGCCAAGUCAAUAGCAAGCAGGAAGAUCGUGCCUUCGUCGGAGCUUAAGACAACCUUUGGAAAUCUACGAGACUUGGACAAACAUGCGCCGCCUAAGUUUGAUGCUGCCUUUGCUGGUGAGGGUCCAUACUGGUCAAUGGCGGUAGUAGGAUGUCCACCAGACAGCCCCGCUCGAAAGGCGUAUAUCGAGACGGAUUUCACACGACCUCCGCCCCUAUCGACAGAUUUUCCAAAGAACACCUUCCACGGAUACGUACAGAAUUGGACGUUUACUCAAGACCCGUGCGAGCAUCCUUCCCUCCAAGGACUACACGGCACUUUCGUAGAACCCAUCUCAAUCUCGAACUCCCGGAAAUUCUUCCCCAUGUUCGGCGGAUCCAAACUUCCCAUGAACAACGAGAUCCUGCUGCCACCGGCCAUGUACUGGACCAACGACCCCUUCUACUCCGGGGGCGACGACCACGGCGGUGUAUGGAAAGAGAAAAAAGACCGACUCAUCUGGCGAGGCUCAGCGAGCGGAGGCAGAAACAAAGCCGAGAACUGGACACGCUUCCAACGACACCGCUUCGUCUCCAUGAUCAACGCAACCAACAUAAAACGAUACGAACAACACCCGGACCAAAAACCCCUCAACUUCGUCCUCCCAGCCAACAACACCUACGACCUCGCCGUCCAGCAGCCCUCCGCCCCACCCACAGCCUUCAGCGACUGGGUCCAAGAAUGGUCCGACGCAGCCGUGGUCCACCUCCUCUGCUUCCCAGCCAACAACGACCUCCCCACCUGCCCCUACACCGACCCCUACUUCCUCGUGGAAAAAGCCAUGCCGAUGAAACAACAAUACUCCCACAAAUACCUCCCGGACAUCGACGGAAACUCCUUCUCGGGCCGUUACCGAGGCUUCCUUCGCAGUACCUCUCUCCCCCUCAAAGCCACCAUUUAUCAAGAAUGGCACGAUUCCCGCCUCAUUCCGUGGAAACAUUUCGUGCCCAUGGAUAAUACUUUUAUCGAUAUCUAUGGGAUUAUGGAGUUUUUUGUGGGGAAUCAGAAGAUGGGGUUGGAAGGGCAUGAUGAUGUGGCGAGGGAGAUUGCUUUGGAGGGGAAGAGUUGGGCGGAGAAGGUGUUGAGGAAAGAGGAUAUGAGUGUGUAUGUCUUUCGGUUGUUGUUGGAGUUUGCGAGGUUGUGUGAUGAUGAUCGGGAGAAGAUGGGGUGGGCGGAGAAUGAUCCGAGAGCACGGGCGCAGGCUGGAGGUUGA